AAAUGGUUUCUUUUCAAAUCCACUUCCAUUUCAAAACAACGUCUCAGUCCUCUUAUUUUCACUUUUUAUUUUGUUCCAUCAUGCUCGCAACAGUCGUGUCGCGUCGAGUCGGAUUGCUCGCGAUGCCGUUCGUCCAGCGUGCUCAGUCGACGGCCGCCGCUGCUGCUGCCUCUGCUGCUGCUUCUGCUACUGCUGCUGCUUCUGUUGCUACCACGACUACCUCUGGCACCGCUGAUACACACUCAUCUCCAACCAAGGCGGGCGACUCGGCGUCGAUCGGCAAGUUCCGCGCCAAGCUCGCCCAGGGACCCGGCCUGGAGCACUUCAUGUCCCAGAAGCAGCAGUCUGCAUCUGCAUCUGCUGCGUCGUCAUGCAGCAGCGGGGGCAGUGCGGUGCCCGAGGACGCCGAGUUUGAAGGCGACGAGGAGCCGCACGAGGCCGCGCAUGGCCACACAGCCACGGCCACGGCCACUGCCAACGCAACCACUCCGACUGGGGCUGCCGUCGAUGCUGCCGCGACAGAUGCAAGGCCAGCCAGCACAAAGCCAGCUCGGCCUCGACUGCCUCGCUGGCUCAAGACCGAUAUUCCGGUCAGUGCCAGCUUCAACCAAGUCAAGAACGACUUGCGCGGUCUCAAAUUACACACGGUUUGCGAGGAAGCUCGCUGCCCAAAUAUCGGAGAGUGCUGGGGUGGAGGCAAGGGUACCGCGACCGCGACCAUCAUGCUCAUGGGCGACACUUGCACUCGAGGAUGCCGCUUUUGCUCGGUCGGUACCAGCCGAAACCCGCCGCCGCUUGAUCCCAACGAGCCGACAAACACAGCGCAGGCUAUUGUCAAGUGGGGUCUUGACUAUGUGGUGUUGACGUCCGUGGACCGCGAUGAUCUUCCGGACGGCGGCUCGCAUCAUUUUGCCGAAACCAUCCGAGAAAUCAAGCGCCAGAAGCCGUCUCUACUCGUCGAGUGCCUGACCCCUGAUUUCCGCGGCAAUCUCGAGCAGAUUGAACGCGUCGCGACUUCCGGGCUCGACGUGUAUGCCCACAACGUGGAAACCGUCGAAGCGCUACAGAAGCAUGUCCGUGACCGCCGUGCCAACUACAAGCAAUCGCUCGCCGUUCUCACGCAUGCCAAAAAGGUUCGACCGAAUCUGGUGACGAAAACGUCCAUCAUGCUCGGCCUUGGCGAGCGCGACGAGGAAGUGAUGCAAACUUUGAAGGAUUUGCGUGCGAUUGAUGUCGACUGCGUCACGUUUGGCCAGUACAUGCAACCAACAAAAAAGCAUCUCAAAGUCAUCGAGUAUGUCACGCCGGAAAAGUUUGCGUACUGGGGCAAGGUCGGAGACGAGCUCGGCUUCAAGUACACUGCGAGUGGCCCCUUGGUGCGCUCCUCCUACAAGGCGGGUGAGUUUUUCCUCAAGAAGAUUUUGAACGAGCGUAAAGCAAAGCAGCCCGCCGAGGCGUCGGGCUCGUUGUAGUGCAUGUCUGCAAUUUUUGGUUGUUGUUUUUUUGGCAACUUCUACUGCAAAGUUGAAUGAUGAAAAUUCAACCAAAUGGGGGUUUCAAGACUGGCGCACGGGCAAGGAAAAAAAUGUAACGAUGGAACAAAAUGCUCAACACGAGGCAAAACCAAAACAAACCAACAAAACAAAUAAAAACGAACAAUGGAAGAAAUCUC